CCAGACUGGGCGUCAGUGACUCUGGGUGUGUUUGUGUGCCAGGGCUGUUCCCUCCUCCACAGAGGCGUCCCCCACAUCAGCAGGGUCAAGUCUGUCCAGCAGGAGACAUGGGACGCCUCAGAGGUCGAGGUCAGUAACACCUGCCAGAGAGGGAAGCAGGAGAGCAAGAUACUGGGACCCUGUACAUUAUAAUGUGUUGCAUUACAUUGGUACAAGUACAUUUAUUACAUGUCACAACCUGAUUAAGUCUGCUCAUGUUAGAACAAAAAACAGACCUUCAGUAAGUUCCAGUAGUGUGUCUGAUAGUGAUAUGCGGAUCAGCUGUUUGUUCACCCGCACCCACCAGCAAUUGCUAAUAACCCGUCCGCAACCACCUGACUAUUUGUGAUAAAGUGAAAAUCUGAGGACUGUACCCAUCCCUAACCCGCAAAUAUAGAAAAUGCGCUGUACAGUUCCCUUUUUUCUCUUGAACAUUUAUUGAACAAUUACGUUUUUCUUCAACAUUAAUUAAUUAAUUAAUUGCAUAUUUAGGCUUAUUGAACAGUAUAUAACGAUGCGAGCUCUCUGCUGCUCUCUCAUCACGUCGAACCACUGUUCUCCAUUCCCAUGCACGCCAAGUAACCUACAACAUUUUUCAUUUCUAUAAACUGCUUUACUGCCGUUGCAUUAAACCAUUCAUCUGUGCUAUUACAGGUAACAGAAACUCAAGGACUAUUCCAUUUGUUUAUAAAAGAAUGUGCUUUAUUUUACGAGUUUCAUUCAUUGUAAUACCUGUUGGUUUGAGAGCUCUGUAUUUCACGCAAUUUGUCAUUGCGUUGGUUAGUCCCGUUUGGAAUUCAUAUUCGGACAAUUAUCCAUUGUAUUGGUUGACCAGUAACUGUAGCAAUUAUGGUGUAUGUUUAUUGUGGUGACGUCUGUCUAUUUGAUUUCCUUUUAGUGUCUAUAACGAUGGUCUAUUUAUGUAUCCGCUUUAAGUGCGCAUUGGUAUGGUUUCGCUCCAAUUGGGCCCUAAAGCUUAGGCUUACGCACUAAUGCCAGAUAAAAAAUUAUGAAAAAAACAAAACAACUCAAUGUAGCCUAUAGAUAUGAAUUGCACAAGAUUUAUACAUUUAUGGAUUUGUAUUGCAUUGUUUUCUCUUUAUUCAACCCGCCUGCCAUUUACCCGCCCGCCCGCCCUUCAUCCACACAAUAUUUCAUGACUUUAAACCCCACCCCUCGGGACUGCGGGUUAUGAGACAACCACCCGCGCAUCACUAGUGUCUGACACAUUGCCUUCUUUCGACUGGGAAGCCUAAUCCCCACAGGGGCUUUUUCAUCAUUUCUAAAUCCAAUAUAAUGUUAACCCCAAGAGACCACACUGAUAAGAUGUGGGUAGUGAAAGCCUUCAGGGAGUGUUAUUGACUGGGCAUAGCACCACCUGGGGGAUAGAAGGGAAAGAGGAUUCUCAGACUAGUGAAGCUACAGUAAGACACGUUGAUUGGAGUUGCUGAUAAUCCCUUGAGAGAAACAUGAAGACAGCAAACAAGAUGCUUGGAAUGCAACUUAGUACUACUCUUAGUUUCCUUCCCCUAAGUAUCAGUCUUUAAAAAAUGCCUCUUGUCGGUGUUGUCAAGAAUGAUUUAUAUAUACAGCUCUGGAAAAAAGUAAGAGACCACUGCAAAAUUAUCAGUUUCUCUGGUUUUACUAUUUAUAGGUAUGUGUUUGGGUAAAAAUACAUGUGUUGUUUUAUUCAAUAAACUACUGACAACAUUUCUCCCAAAUUCCAAAUAUAAAUAUUGUCAUUUAGAGCAUUUAUUUGCAGAAAAUUACAAUAAUGCAAAGAAAAUAAGUUCAUGUUCGUUUUUAAACAACACAAUAGUAAUGUUUUAACUUAGGAAGAGUUCAGAAAUCAAUAUUUGGUGGAAUAACCCUGAUUUUCAAUCACAGCUUUCAUGCGUCUUGGCAUGCUCUCCACCAGUCUUUCACAUUGAUGUUGGGUGACUUUAUGCCACUCCUGGCGCAAAAAUUCAAGCAGCUCGGCUUUGUUUGAUGGCUUGUGACCAUCCAUCUUCCUCUUGAUCACAUUCCAGAAGUUUUCAAUGGGGUUCAGGUCUGGAGAUUGGGCUGGCCAUGACAGGGUCAUGAACUGGUGGUCCUCCAUCCACACCUUGAUUGACCUGUCUGUGUGGCAUGGUGCAUUGUCCUGCUGGAAAAACCAAUCCUCAGAGUUGGGGAACAAUGUCAGAGCAAAAGGAAGCAAGUUUUCUUCCAGGACAACCUUGUACGUGGCUUGAUUCAUGCGUCCUUCACAAAGACAAAUCUGCCCGAUUCCAGCCUUGCUGAAGCACCCCCAGAUCAUCACUGAUCCUCCACCAAAUUUCACAGUGGGUGCGAGACACUGUGGCUUGUAGGCCUCUCCAGGUCUCCGUCUAACCAUUAGACAACCAGGUGUUGGACAAAGCUGAAAAUUGGACUCAUCAGAGAAGAUGACCUUACUCCAAUCCUUAUGGUCUUUUGCAAACCUCAGCCAGGCUCUUCUUUGCUUCUCAUUGAUGAAGGGCUUCUUUCUAGCUUUGCAUGACUUCAGCCCUGCCCCUAGGAGCCUGUUUCGAACCGUCCUCGCCGUGCACUUCACCCCAGCUGCGGUUGUUGAGUGACAUUCGAAUUAGUUGGCAGUCAUCCCGGUCAGUAGAGAGUCAUUUUCGCCCUCUGCCGGUCUGUAGCUUUGUUGUCCCCAAUGUCUGUUGCUUGACCUUAUUCUUAUGAACCGCCGUCUUUGAAAUUUUAAGGAAGCAACCUGACGCUCACUGUAUCCCUCUGCCAGUAAAGCCAGAAUUUAACCCUUCUUUUCCUCACUCAAAACUUUCCUUUUCAACUCUUUUGGCAUGGUCAAUAGUUAUUUUUUGAUUAAUAUUACUUUUGAGGUACUAUUAGCACUGUUUCUGCCAUCCAGCUGGUCCUAUUGCAAGAGGAUAGUGAUGACCAUAGCAGUGGUUUUUAUACUUUUCCUCGUUAAAUAAGAUUUGGUUCAGGUGAUCACCUAAUCAGUACCUAAUUCAGUAGAAUGAGGUGUGCCUGUGUUGGAAUUCAACAGACACUGGAAUGGAAUGGCUGUCAUACAUGUAGAGAUGCUGAUUUAAGAAAUAUUUGCAGUGGUCUCUUAAUUUUUUCCACAGCUGUAUAUACACUACCAGUCAAAAGUUUGGACACACCUACUCAUUCAAGGGUUUUUCUUAAUUUUUACUAUUUUUUACAUUGUAGAAUAAUAGUGAAGACAUCAAAACUAUGAAAUAACACAUAUGGAAUCAUGUAGUAACCAAAAAAGUGUUAAACAAAUCAAAAUGUAUUUUAUAUUUGAGAUUCUUCAAAUAGCCACCCUUUGCCUUGAUGACAACUUUUCACACUCUUUGCAUUCUCUCAACCAGCUUCAACUGGAAUGCUUUACCAACAGUCUUGAAGGAGUUCCCAUGUAUGCUGAGCACUUGUUGGCUGCUUUUCCUUCACUCUGCCGUCCGACUCAUCCCAAACCAUCUCAAUUGGGUUGAGGUCAGGGGAUUGUGGAGGCCAGGUCAUCUGAUGCAGCACUCCAUCACUCUCCUUCUUGGUAAAAUAGCCCUUACACAGCCUGGAGGUGUGUUGGGUCAUUGUCCUGUUGAAAAACAAAUGAUAGUCCCACUAAGCCCAAACCAGAUGGGAUGGCGUGUCACUGCAGAAUGCUGUGGUAGCCAUGCUGGUUAAGUGUGCCUUGAAUUCUAAAUAAAUCACAGACAGUGUCACCAGCAAAGCACACCCACACCAUAACACCUCCUCCUCCGUGCUUUUCGGUGGGAAAACACAUGCGGAGAUCAUCCGUUCAUCCACAUCGCGUCUCACAAAGACACAGCGGUUGGAACCAAAAAUCUCCAAUUUGGACUCCAGACCAAAGGACAAAUUUCCACCGGUCUAAUGUCCAUUGCUCGUGUUUCUUGGCCCAAGCAGGUCUCUUCUUAUUAUUGGUGUCCUUUAGUAGUGGUUUCUUUGCAGCAAUUUGACCAUGAAGGCCUGAUUCACACAGUCCCCUCUGAACAGUUGAUGUUGAGAUGUGUCUGCGACUUGAACUCUGAAGCAUUUAUUUGGGCUGCAAUUUCUGAGGCUGGUAACUCUAAUGAACUUAUCCUCUGCAGCAGAGGUAACUGUGGGUCUUCCAUUCCUGUGGUGGUCCUCAUGAGAGCCAGUUUCAUCAUAGCGCUUGAUGGUUUUUGCGACUGCACUUGAAGAAACGUUCAAAGUUCUUGAAAUGUUUCGUAUUGACUGACCUUCAUGUCUUAAAGUAAUGAUGGACUGUCGUUUCUCUUUGCUUAUUUGAGCUGUUCUUGCCAUAAUAUGGACUUCGUCUUAUACCAAAUAGGGCCAUCUUCUGUAUACCCCCCCACCUUGUCACAAUACAACUGAUUGGCUCAAACACAUUAAGAAGGAAAGAAAUUCCACAAAUUAACUUUUAAGAAGGCACACCUGUUAAUUGAAAUGAUUUCCAGGUGACUACCUCAUGAAGCUGGUUGAGAGAAUGCCAAGAGUGUGCAAAGCGGUCAUCAAGGCAAAGGGUGGCUAAUAUAUUUUGAUUUGUUUAACACUUUUUUGGUUACUACAUGAUUCCAUAUGUGUUAUUUCAUAGUUUUGAUGUCUUCACUAUUAUUCUACAAUGUAGAAAACCCUUGAAUGAAUAGAUGUGUCCAAACUUUUGACUGGUUCUGUAUAUACAGUGAGGGAAAAAAGUAUUUGAUCCCCUGCUGAUUUUGUACAUUUGCCAACUGACAAAGACAUGAUCAGUCUAUAAUUUUAAUGGUAGGUUUAUUUGAACAGUGAGAGACAGAAUAACAACAAAAAAAUCCAGAAAAACACAUGUUAAAAAUAUUAUAAAUUGAUUUGCAUUUUAAUGAGGGAAAUAAGUAUUUGACCCCUCUGCAAAACAUGACUUAGUACUUGGUGGCAAAACCCUUGUUGGCAAUCACAGAGGUCAGACCUUUCUUGCAGUUGGCCACCAGGUUUGCACACAUCUCAGGAGGGAUUUUGUCCCACUCCUCUUUGCAGAUCUUCUCCAAGUCAUUAAGGUUUCGAGGCUGCCGUUUGACAACUCGAACCUUCAGCUCCCUCCACAGAUUUUCUAUGGGAUUAAGGUCUGGAGACUGGCUAGGCCACUCCAGGACCUUAAUGUGCUUCUUCUUGAGCCACUCCUUUGUUGCCUUGGCCGUGUGUUUUGGGUCAUUGUCAUGCUGGAAUACCCAUCCACAACCCAUUUUCAAUGCCCUGGCUGAGUGAAGGAGGUUCUCACCCAAGAUUUGACGGUACAUGGCCCCGUCCAUCGUCCCUUUGAUGCGGUGAAGUUGUCCUGUCCCCUUAGCAGAAAAACACCCCCAAAGCAUAAUAUUUCCACCUCCAUGUUUGACGGUGGGGAUGGUGUUCUUGGGGUCAUAGGCAGCAUUCCUCCUCCAAACACGGCGAGUUGAGUUGAUGCCAAAGAGCCCGAUUUUGGUCUCAUCUGACCACAACACUUUCACCCAGUUCUCCUCUGAAUCAUUCAGAUGUUCAUUGGCAAACUUCAGACGGGCCUGUAUAUGUGCUUUCUUGAGUAGGGGGACCUUGCGGGCGCUGCAGGAUUUCAGUUCUUCACCUUGUAGUGUGUUACCAAUUGUUUUCUUGGUGACUAUGGUCCCAGCUGCCUUGAGAUCAUCCUCCCGUGUAGUUCUGGGCUGAUUCCUCACCGUUCUCAUGAUCAUUGCAACUCCACGAGGUGAGAUCUUGCAUGGUGCCCCAGGCCGAGGGAGAUUGACAGUUCUUUUGUGUUUCUUCCAUUUGCGAAUAAUCGCACCAACUGUUGUCACCUUCUCACCAAGCUGCUUGGCGAUGGUCUUGUAGCCCAUUCCAGCCUUGUGUAGGUCUACAAUCUUGUCCCUGACAUCCUUGGAGAGCUCUUUGGUCUUGGCCAUGGUGGAGAGUUUGGAAUCUGAUUGAUUGAUUGCUUCUGUGGACAGGUGUCUUUUAUACAGGUAACAAACUGAGAUUAGGAGCACUCCCUUUAAGAGUGUGCUCCUAAUCUCAGCUCGUUACCUGUAUAAAAGACACCUGGGAGCCAGAAAUCUUUCUGAUUGAGAGGGGGUCAAAUACUUAUUUCCCUCAUUAAAAUGCAAAUCAAUUUCUAACAUUUUUUACAUGCUUUUUUCUGAAUUUUGUUGUUGUUAUUCUGUCUCUCACUGUUCAAAUAAAUCUACCAUUAAAAUGAUAGACUGAUAAUUUCUUUGUCAGUGGGCAAACGUACAAAAUCAGCAGGGGAUCAAAUACUUUUUUCCCUCACUGUACAUGCUAUAUGACUGAUGGAGGGGCGUAGUGUUGAAGCCACCGUACCUCCAUCUUGGCACUCCCCCACCAAUUAUUUUGGAAGCUAUAGAAAUGCAUUUAUUAAUGACUACUUUCGUUUUUGCCACAUGUAUUCUAUUACAGACACCUUAAUGCAUACUUUUAAAUUAUACUAUGUGAGCAAAAUAAAUUUAAAAAAAAUACAUAAAAACAUUUUCCUUAAUGUAUAAUUUUUUGAGAUUACUAAUAUUACUGUCCCCACUACAACAAAAAAUACUUAAAUACAUCUAAUUUUGUCCUUGAAACAUUUAAUUGAAAUACUGUAGAAUUCCAUUCAUUCUUAUGGAAGACUGCUCCUACUGGGGAGUGACAAAAUGGCCGAUCGGUGGCUUCAAAGCCUCUCAAUGGCCAAUACAUAGCAUCAGCAAUCCAGGGUUUAUAUACGUAAUUGGUUUCAUUCAAUGCAUUCAUUGAUUUGAAUUAAAACCGAGAAAUCUUUAUUGUUCCAUCUGUCCUCAGCUAAUGGCUGCUAUGGGUAAUGAAGCAGCCAAAGCCAAGUACGAACAGAAGGUUCCAGCAUUCUACUACAGACCCAAACACACAGACUGCAAGUAAGUCACCCACAUCACUGAGUUAUAAUGAUGUAAUAGCAACGUUUGGUCGAUUAGUAUGUAGACAGAUAGUGGUAUACAAAGACAUCACUGCUGUGUCAAGUGCUGUUACUGUAAAACGUUUAAUGUUUCACACCAGCACUGAAAUGUAACACGCUGCAGUACUUCUUCUUCCUUUGUGUUUGUGUGUGUGUGUGCAUGUGUGUGUGUCUGUGUGUUUGGUUGUUGGUGUAUGUGUGUGCGAGUGUGUGUGUAUGUGCAUGCGUUUGCCUGUGAAAGAAAAAGAGAGAGAGCGAGCGAGCGAGAGAGAGAGAGACAGAGAGAGAAAGAGAUUAAGCAAAAGUGUGAAGUGUGACUAGUACAAUGACAGCACCGAGUUAUGCCUCUUGAAAAACAGUGUGUUGUCUUUGUGUUUGUGCCAUUACUCUUCUCUGUGGGUGCCAAUAAUGACCCAAUAAGCAUAUUACAUGUGAGAGAGGGAAUAUUGAGAGGCAGAUUUGGUUCUGUGUCAAUUGAAUGGAUUACUUUAAUCUGAUUAAUCUGAUGUUUGUGGGUUCAGAAAAGCUGCUAAAUACUGUCUGACCAUACUGACAUGAUUAUAAGAGACAUGAAAGAAUGAUAGGAACAUCUCAAAUAUAUGUUUUUAAACUGUAUGUAGGUCUAUCAGAGAGAGAGAGAGAGAGGAGAGAGGCUGUUGUCAUGGUGAUGUUCACGCCUCUACACACACAACCAAAAAUAGAUCUUCUAUUAUUAAUCUGUUUACUCAUACUAAUCAAUCUCUUUAUCCUGGAGUAAAGGAUUAAAGGUGUAAAGGAGUGUGUGUGUGUGUGUGUGUGUGUGUGUGUGUAUGUGUGUGUGUGUGUGUGUGUGUGUGGGCAAUGAAGAUGAAAGGAGAAUCUGUCACAGCGAGAUAAGUAGAAAUGUGGCCUGUGUCCCAAACUCCCAGCUUGUUAGGUCAUCAUCCAUUCACAUAACAGCAUGGCACCUGUGCUAUAGAGAAAGGUGAGAGAAGGUGAAACCCAUCCAUUGCUUCAUUGUUCUCCAGGCUGCUGCGGGAGCAGUGGAUCCGAGCCAGGUACGAGAGGAACGAGUUUGAGUUCAUCGAGAAACAGGAGCCGUACUCUGCAGGUGAGCUGGCACACAUACACAUAAUCCUAACCUUAACCCCAAACCCCAAAUAUUAAAUCUAACCCUAACUCCUAACCCUAACCCUAACCCUAAACCUAACCCCUAACCCUAAUUCUAACCCUAACCCUAAACCUAACCCCUAACCCUAAUUCUAACCCUAACCCUAAACCUAACCCCUGAGCCUAAAAUAGCCUUUUUUGUUGUGGGGACCAGCAAAAUGUCCCCCCACACAGAAUUUUCCUUGUUUUACUAUCCUUGUGAUGACUUCUGGUCUUGACAAGGAUAGUAAAAUCAAAAACACACAUACUCCUUUCCUUUCACCUUCAUUGCCCGCACACACACACACACACACACACACACACACACCCACACACACACACACAAGCUUUGCCUAUGCAAAGCAAUGGAUGCAGAGCUAUGCAAAAUCAAACCAACAAAUAGUCCUUCUCUGAAAACGAAAUAAAUCCUUUCCCAAGCAUCAUCAAGUCAGAUAAUUUUUUUAACCAUUGCACUCAACAGUGUCCGCAGAAAUGCUUUUUGUGAACUAUGAAUUCAAGAAAGGAUGAGAUUGAGACAUAGGAUGAAAGCAGAGUGAAUAUGUCUGGCCUUGAAUUCUUCCUUGGUGGUUGUUUGUGUUCUUACUAAGCUGAGACAGACAGUAUUCACCCCCCUUGGCAUUUUUCCUAUUUUGUUGCCUUACAACCUGGAAUUAAAAUGGAUUUUUGGGGGAUUUGUAUCAUUUGAUUUACACAACAUGCCUACCACUUUGAAGAUGCAAAAUAUAUUUUUUGGUGAAACAAACUUGAGCCCCCCCCAACAAAGUCAAAACUUUGUAGAUCCACCUUUUGCAGCAAUUACAGCUGCAAGUCUCUUGGGGUAUGUCUCUAUAAGCUUGGCACAUCUAGCCACUGGGAUUUUUGCCCAUUCUUCAAGGCAAAACUGCUCCAGCUCCUUCAAGUUGGAUGGGUUCCGCUGGUGUACAGCAAUCUUUAAGUCAUACCACAGAUUCUCAAUUGGAUUGAGGUCUGGGCUUUGACUAGGCCAUUCCAAGACAUUUAAAUGUUUCCCCUUAAACCACUCGAGUGUUGCUUUAGCUGUAUGCUUAGGGUCAUUGUCCUGCUGGAAGGUGAACCACCAUCCCAGUCUCAAAUCUCUGGAAGACUGAAACAGGUUUCCCUCAAGAAUUUCCCUGUAUUUAGCGCCAUACAUCAUUCCUUCAAUUCUGACCAGUUUCCCAGUCCCUGCUGAUGAAAAACAUCACCACAGCAUGAUGCUGCCACCACCAUGCUUCACUGUGGGGAUGGUGUUUUCGGGUGAUGAGAGGUGUUGGGUUUGCGCCAGACAUAGCGUUUUCCUUGAUGGCCAAAAAGCUCAAUUUUAGUCUCAUCUGACCAGAGUACCUUCUUCCAUAUGUUUGGGGAGUCUCCCACAUGCCUUUUGGCGAACACCAAACGUGUUUGCGUAUUUUUUUCUUUAAGCAAUGGCUUUUUUCUGUCUACUCUUCCGUAAAGCCCAGCUCUGUGGAGUGUACGGCUUAAAGUGGUCCUAUGGUCAGAUACUUCAAUCUCCGCUGUGGAGCUUUGUAGCUCCUUCAGGGUUAUCUUUGGUCUCUUUGUUGCCUCUCUGAUUAAUGCCCUCCUUGCCUGGUCCGUGAGUUUUGGUGGGUGACCCUCUCUUGGCAGGUUUGUUGUGGUGCCCCUUGCUUAGUGGUGUUGCAGACUCUGGGGCCUUUCAGAACAGGUGUAUAUAUACUGAGAUCAUGUGACAGAUCAUGUGACACUUAGAUUGCACACAGGUGGACUUUAUUUAACUAAUUAUGUGACUUCUGAAGGUAAUUGGUUGCACCAGAUCUUAUUUAGGGGCUUCAUAGCAAAGGGGUUAUUUUUUUCAUUUAACUUCACCAAUUUCGACAAUUUUGUGUAUGUCCAUUACAUGAAAUCCAAAUAUAAAUGCAACAAAAUAGGAAAAAUGCCAAAGGGGAUGAAUACUUUUGCAAGGCACUGUAAGUGUUAAUGUUAGUGAAUGACUCAUGCUCUUAUUUCAUUGCAUGAAAGCACACUCGCUCUUAUUGGAGCCAGACUGGACUCUCAUUGAUUAAAGAUGACCUCAUCUGUUUACUAUGAGAUUCAACUUCCUCCUUGGGCACACACACACACUAGUGAUACGCGGGUUGACUCAUAACCCGCAGUCCCUGCGGUUAUAUCCGCAGGGUGGGCAGGUUUAGGGUCAUGCAAUAGUGUGUGGAAGAAGAGCGGAUGGGUAAAGAGAAAACAAUGCAAUAAAAAUCCACAAAUGUAGAAUUCUUGUGCAAUUCAUAUCUAUAGGCUACAUUGAGGUUUUUCUUUCAUAAUUUUUUAUCUGGCAUUAGUGUGUAAGCUUGAACUGUAUGCGCACAAAAUACAUGCCGUUUUUUGUUUCAGCAAAAUAUUACUAGGCUACUCUGUUAAGAUAUCACGGGAUCCGGCAGUCUAACUUAGGAGGGUUUAAGCACCAGAGAACAACCAGAAAUAAAGUAAGGUGCAGAAUUAAGGUUUUAUUUACAAGUGCUGUCCAGUGAAAUUACUGCUGGAGAAUAUUUACAAUAGCAGUCCUCCUGAUAACGGUAAAGAACGGGCUUAUAUACCCACAAUACCCCGGCGCACCCAAUUGGAGCGAAACCAUACCAAUGCGCACUUAAACCGGAUACAUGGAUAGAUCAUCAUUAUAGGUACUAAAAGGAAAUCAAAUAGACAGACGUCACCACAAUAAACAUACACCAUAAUUGCUACAGUUACUGGUUAAGCAAUACAAUGGAUAAUUGUCAGAAUAUAGCAUGAAUCCCAAACGGGACUAACCAAUGCAAUGACAGAUUGCGUGAAAUACAGAGGUGUGUCGCAUCUGCAUGCACAAGCAUGCACACACACACGUCCCACACACACACGCACACACUCACACACAAACACACGUUUGUUUUACUAUCUUUUUUUUUUUAAGGGGUAGAUCAGCUUUAAUAUUGCAAAUAGAUUGUAACUUCCAUCAAUGUAAUUGUCUGCAUCACUUCCAAUCCCCCAUAUGUUUUUUCUCUCUCGCAAAUAUAUAUAUAUAUAUAUAUAUAUAUAUAUAUAUAUAUAUAUAUAUAUAUAUAUAUAUACUGUACAUACAUACACAUACACUACCGUUAACCCCAAACCCCUAAAACUAAAGCUAACCCUUACCCAUAUCUCUAAUUCUAACCCUAAACCUAACCCCUGACCCUAAAAUAGUAUUUUUCCUUGUGUGGACCGGCGAAAUGUCCCCACUUGUUUUACUAUCCUUGUGAGGACUUCUGGUCUCUACAAGGAUAGUAAAAUCUAAAACACACACACUCCUUUCCUUUCACCUUAAUUGCACGCACGCACGCAAACACACACACACACACACACACACACACACACACACACACACACACACACACAGCUGUAUGUCUGGCUGCAUUGGGCAGGAGAUUUGUAUUUGUUUAUAUCUAUUUGCAUCACAUAAUAUUUGCAUUAUCUAUACAUUUGCAUCAGCUGUACCCAAGGCUAAAAGGAAUAGAUCCAUAGUUCCUACCCUCAUCCAUACAUAUGUCGCCUCUCUAACCUCUUCAGGGCCCUGUAUGUUCUGUUAGCUUUAUCCUUCUGCAGAGCAGGGAGGGUGGUGGUAAACUAGCCUCCCCAGUGCUUGAUGGCGGUAUUGAUUCUGUAUGCAGAGAAAAGGGAGGAGGUGGAGGAGAGGGGGUUGUUAUUGAUCGAUGAGGUAAUGCAAGGUGAAUUAAUCACGUCUGACUGGGAAAAAGAGAGACGCCAACCUCUGUCACCAGGGGUUGGAGAGAUGAGAGGGAGGAGAAAACAGGGGACAGAGGAGGAAGGAGAGACGUUGGGGGUAUGAAACUUGAGGGGUGCUGGAUGGGAAGAUUGAAAAUAGGGAUUAGUAGUAUGUCAUGCAUUGAUAGAGUAAACAGUACCUUCGGAAAGUAUUCAGACCCCUCUACUUUUUCCACAUUUUGUUAGGUUACAGACUUAUUCUAAAAUUGAUUAAAUAGUUUUUUCCCCCUCAUCAAUCUACACACAAUACCCCAUAAUGACAAAGCAAAAACUGUUUUUUAGUAAUUUUUGCUAAAUAAUAAAACGGUAAUAUCACAUUUACAUAAGUAUUCAGACUCUUUACUCAGUACUUUGUUGAAGCAGCUUUGGCAGCGAUUACAGCCUCAAGUAUUUUUGUGUAUGACGCUGCAAGCUUGGCACACCUGUAUUUAGGAAGUUUCUCCCAUUCUUCUCUGCAGAUCCUUUCAAGCUCGGUCAGGUUGGAUGGGGAGCGUUGCUGCACAGCUAUUUUCAGGUCUCUCCAGAGAUGUUCGAUCGGGUUCAAGUCCAGGCUCUGGCUCGGCCACUCAAGGACAUUCAGAGACUUGUCCCGAAGCCACUCCUGCGAUGUCUUGGCUGUGUGCUUAGGGUUGUUGUCCUGUUGGAAGGUGAACCUUCGCCCCAGUCUGAGGUCCUGAGCGCUCUGGAGCAGGUUUUCAUCAAGGAUCUCUCAGUACUUUGCUCCGUUCAUCUUUGCCUCGUCUCCCAGUCCCUGCCGCUGAAAAACAUCCCAACAGCAUGAUGCUGCCACCACCAUGCUUCACCAUAGGGAUGGUGUCAGGUUUCCUCCAGACAUGACGCAUGGCAUUCAGGCCAAAGAGUUCAAUGUUGGUUUCUUCAGACCAGAGAAUCUUGUUUCUCAUGGUCUGAGAGUCUUUAGGUGCCUUUUGGCAAACUCCAAGCGGGCUGUCAUGUGCCUUUUUCUGAGGAGUGGCUUCCGUCUGGUCACUCUACCAUAAAGGCCUGAUUGGUGGAGUGCUGCAGAGAUGGUUGUCCUUCUGGAAGGUUCUCCCAUCUCCACAGAGGAAAUCUAGAGCUCUGUCAGAGUGACCAUCAGGUUCUUUGUCACCUCCCUGACCAAGACCUUCUCCCCCGAUUGCUCAGUUUGGCCGGGCGGCCAGCACUAAGAAGAGUCUUGGUGGUUCCAAACUUCUUUCAUUUAAGAUUGAUGGAGGCCAUUGUGUUCUUGGGGACCUUCAAUGCUCUAGACAUUUUUUGGUACCCUUCUCCAGAUCUGUGCCUCGACACAAUCCUGUCUCGGAGCUCUACGGACAAUUCCUUCGACCUCAUGCCUUGGUUUUUGCUCUGACAUGCACUGUCAACUGUGGGACUUAAUAUAGACAGGUGUGUGCCUUUCCAAAUCAUGUCCAAUCAAUUGAAUUUUCCCCAGGUGGACUCCAAUCAAGUUGUAGAAACAUCUCAAGGAUGAUCAAUGGAAACAGUAUGCACCUGAGCUCAAUUUCGAGUCUCAUAGCAAAGGGUAAAAAAAAUAAACAACAUGUUUUCGCUUUGUCAUUAUGGGGUAUUGUGUGUAGAUUGUUGAGGAUGUUUAAAAAAAAUCCAUUUUAGAAUAAGGCUGUAACGUAACAAAAUGUGGAAAAAGUUAAGGGGUCUGAAUACUUUCCGAAGGCACUGUAUGUGAAUAUGUAUGAGACAGGGAGGGGAGAUAGAUAGAUAGAUAGAUAGAUAGAUAGAUAGAUAGAUAGAUAGAUAGAUAGAUAGAUAGAUAGAUAGAUAGAUAGAUAGAUAGAUAGAUAGAUAGAUAGAUAGAUAGAUAGAUAGAUAGAUAUAUAGAUUGUCACACCCUGGCUCUGGGGACUCUAUAUGUUGAGCCAGGGUGUGUAGAUUCUAUGUAUUCUAGUUCUGUGUUGUAGGUCUAUGUGUUCUAUUUCUAUGUUGGCCAGUGUGGUUCUCAAUCAGAGGCAACGAGUGUCAGCUGUGGCUGGUUGUCUCUGAUUGGGAACCAUAUUUAAACAGUCUGUUUUCCAUUCGUGUUUGUGGGAUCUUGUUCCGUUUUUGGUUUGUUGCCGUGUCGGUUGUGUUAUACCGAGGACGUCAUGUUUUCGUUUUGUUGUUUUGUUCGUGCAUUCAUUAAAUAAAUAAUAUGUUUGCAACUAACGCUGCGCAUUGGUCUACUCUCUACGACGAUCGUGACAGAAGAUCCCACCAUACCAGGACCAAGCAGCAGAUCUUGGACGGGCAGGGGUCCUGGACCUGGGAGGAAAUCCAGGCCGGGAUGGAUCGCCGUCCAUGGAGGGAGACGGUAGAGGCGCGACGUAGAGAGGAGCAACGGCGUAAACAGAGUCGUCGUCGGUCGGACGAGAGGCAACCCCAAAAAAUGUUUAGGGGGGGGGCACACGGCAUGGGCGACUGGGCAGCAGGAGGCUGCCACAGGGCGAUUGGGGAGAUUUGGAGAGGAGGCCACCGGGUUUGGGGGGCCAGAAGGCAGGUUGGCGGAGCCUGGAUGGAGAGCAGAGCCAACUCCCCGUACUCAGGCAUGGCAGCAUGGGACUGGGCAGGUUCCGCGGUAUGCGGAGCUGCGUACUGUGCCACGAGUGGUCCGGCAUAGUCCGGUACGUCCUGUGCGAGCACCCCGCACGUGUCGUGCGAAGGUGGGCAUGCAGCCAGGACGGAGUGUGCCGGCUCAGCGCUCGUGGUCUCCAGUGCCUCUCCUCAGUCCCGUAUAUCCUGCGCCAGUGUCACGUGCUGUUAUGCCAGUACGGGUACACAGCCCUGUACGUCCUGUGCAGAUGCCUCACACAGAGUGUGUGAAGGUAGGCAUUCAGCCAGGACGGGUUGUGGCCGCUCUUCACUCUAGGCCUCCUAUCCGUGUCCACAGCCCGGCCCGGCCUGUUCCUGCCCCUCGCACCAAGCCUACGGUGCGUGUCGCCAGCCCGGCCCGGCCUGUUCCUGCUCCACGCACCAAGCCUACGGUGCGCGUCGCCAGCCCGGCCCGGCCUGUUCCUGCUACUCGCACCAAGCCUACGGUGCGCGUCGCCAGCCCAGCCCGGCCCGGCCUGUUCCUGCUCCCCGCACCAAGCCUACGGUGCGCGUCGCCAGCCCGGCCCGGCCUGUUCCUGCCACUCGCACCAAGCCUACGGUGCGCGUCGCCAGCCCGGCCCGGCCUGUUCCUGCCACUCGCACCAAGCCUACGGUGCGCGUCGCCAGCCCGGCCUGUUCCUGCCACUCGCACCAAGCCUACGGUGCGCGUCGCCAGCCCAGCCCAGCCCGGCCCGGCCUGUUCCUGCUCCCCGCACCAAGCCUACGGUGCGCGUCGCCAGCCCGGCACGGCCUGUUCCUGCCACUCGCACCAAGCCUACGGUGCGCGUCGCCAGCCCGGCCCGGCCUGUUCCUGCCACUCGCACCAAGCCUACGGUGCGCGUCGCCAGCCCGGCCUGUUCCUGCCACUCACACCAAGCCUACGGUGCGCGUCGCCAGCCCGGCCCGGCCUGUUCCUGCCACUCGCACCAAGCCUACGGUGCGCGUCGCCAGCCCGGCCCGGCCUGUUCCUGCCACUCGCACCAAGCCAGGGGUGCGAGUCGUCAGCCCGGCCCGGCCUGUUCCUGCCACUCGUACCAAGCCAGGGGUGCGAGUCGUCAGCCCGGUAAGGCCCGUUGCUGCUCCACGCACCAAACCAGGGGUGCGCAUCGUCAGCCCGGUCCGGCCCGUUCCUGCUCCACGCACCAAGCCAAGGGUGCACAUCGUCAGUCCGGUCCGGUCCGUUCCUGCUCCACGCACCAAGCCAGGGGUGUGUGUCGUCAGUCCGGUCCGGCCCGUUCCUGCUCCACGCACCAAGCCAGGGGUGUGCGUCGUCAGUCCGGCACAACCCGUGCCUGGGUCACCGGUGCCUGGUCAGGUACCGGUCAGCUGCUCCACACCGGAGCUGAAGCAAUCCGCUCCUACGAUGUCCAGUCCAGCUCCAGCCAGCGGGGCCAGACCGGACCAGGGGCGCUACGGGGGGAGUAUUGAAGGGUGGUGGUCAAGCCCGGAGCCGGAACCGCCUCCUAGGAGGAAUGCCCACCCAGCCCUCCCCUGGUUUGUCUAUGUUGAGGCGCGGUCGCAGUCCGCGCCUUUGGGGGGGGGGGUACUGUCACACCCUGGCUCUGGGGACUCUAUAUGUUGAGCCAGGGUGUGUAGAUUCUAUGUAUUCUAGUUCUGUGUUGUAGGUCUAUGUGUUCUAUUUCUAUGUUGGCCAGUGUGGUUCUCAAUCAGAGGCAACGAGUGUCAGCUGUGGCUGGUUGUCUCUGAUUGGGAACCAUAUUUAAACAGUCUGUUUUCCAUUCGUGUUUGUGGGAUCUUGUUCCGUUUUUGGUUUGUUGCCGUGUCGGUUGUGUUAUACCGAGGAAGUCACGUUUUCGUUUUGUUGUUUUGUUCGUGCAUUCAUUAAAUAAAUAAUAUGUUUGCAACUAACGCUGCGCAUUAGUCUACUCUCUACGACGAUCGUGACAUAGAUAGAUAGAUAGAUAGAUAGAUAGAUAGAUAGAUAGAUAGAUACAGUGAACAGAGAUUUGUGGGAGGGAGGAGAAAGGAAAAUAGUAAAGUAAAGAGAGAAAGAUUGCGGGGUAGAGGGGAGAAAGAGAGAGAGAGAAUUUGAGAGAGUAAGAGAGAGAUGAAGAGAGUGUGUAGCCUGUAAUGAAUUACACACAGUGCUCUGCACUGCCACUUAAUGAAUCCACUUCAUGUCUGUAAGAGGUCCAGAAAUAGACUGGAAGGACUUAUUGAUGAAGACAGAAAUAGAGUGUUGUGUCAUUUAACAUGUAAAAGGAUGUACUUUACCAUCAGUGAGGUUAUUUUGUCUUCCUGUCAUCUUUUCUCUGACUUCCUCUCUCGUGUACUCUCUUUCACCUAAAGCCCCUCUCUCUGUCUCUUCAUCCCUCUCUUUCUGUCUCUCUUUCUCUCUCCCUUCAUAUGCUUUGGUAUUUCUUGAUUACACCAGAUAGUUAUUUCAGUUUGUCUGGUGUGUUUCUAUCUACCCAGGGUACAGAGAGGGGUUUCUAUGGAAACGGGGGCGGGACAACGGUCAGUUCUUCAGCCGGAAAUUCAUCCUGUCAGAACGAGAGGGGGCGCUCAAGUAUUUCAACAAGCAGGACGUAAGGCUGGAGUCAACACGUAUUCACAUCUACACAUAUACACAUGCUCUCACACAUAAAUACAAGCAUGUUCCUGAGAAAUGUAAUCUCCAGCUAACUUAUGCUACUAGCUUUCAAGUUAAUCAUCUCAAGUUAAUCAUCUCUUUCAAGUUAAUCAUGAAUACUUUUAUAGCAGGCUAUGUAGACUGUAUGUGUCCACAAGGAAACUAAAACAAAUACCUCAACAGACUUAAUCUCCUUACCUAUCUGUUUGUGUUUGCUGUAAACAUACAGUAUGUAUUAUUCUAUGUAACAAUUUAUACAUAUACUGUAUUUAUGUACCGUACAGUUUGUGUAUCUCCCACAGGCACGGGACCCCAAGGCGGUGAUGAAGAUCGAGACUCUCAAUGCCACAUUCCAGCCGGCUAAGAUAGGCAACCCCUACGGCCUGCAGAUCACCUACCUGAGAGACAACAGCACCAGGAACAUCUUUGUCUACCACAACGACUCU